AAAAGUUCCCGAGUUAACGCCUAAAAGCCGUCGUUCGUUCAUCAUCAAUUAUGGCAGCCAGAACUCUCGUGCUGCUGCCGCUGGUCAGUCUGACGGCCUGGAGUGUCAACGCGACGCUCAUGCGCAUGCGCCAUCAAGUGCGUGCGCCUCCCGGCGCCGAGGCGCUUGAGUUCAUCCCCGGUUCCAUGGACGAAACUAUAAUGGAAACGCUCGAGACGGGUGAUCUCAUCUUUUUCCAGCGCAAACUGACGGCGCUGCAGCCUCUGGCGGCACUACACACGUGGGCUACUCGUCUGCGACUGCGUCCGCGCUUCGAUCAUUGUGGCUGGAUCUACGUGGACCGUUUGGGGCGCACCUUCAUCGUGGAGGAGACGCUGAACAAGGUGCAGUGCCGUCCGUACAGCACUCGACUCUUGACGUCUGAAGCCACGGAGAUAUUCGUGUUGACACUGAAGCAUGAGCGCUCCAAGGAAAUCCAGGAAGCUGCUAGUGCUUUCAUCACCGAAAAUGUAGGGCGUAGGAGUCGGAUCUCACUGCGUCACACGGUCUCGGCGCUGAUAAAUCCGAAAGAAGUGCGCAAGCCUAGUACCGAUGCAACGCCUUCGUUUCCAUGUGCAGGCAUGUAG